UUACCACCACUCCCAUUAACCCAUUAGAAGAUUUUGUGCUUUCGGUCUCUGCUACUGAUGAGGAACACUUUCUUGCUAGAAGACACAGAAAGACUCCCCAAGAACUACAGAUUAUGGCUGCCAUGAGGAUGCCUCGGAGUCCUCUGUCCCAGGAUCAGCAGGCAAAAAGAAGUUUCACCACACUGGUAGAGAUUUUCCCCAUGACACCUGAAGUCCAUGUUCAACUGAGAGUGAUCUGUUUGAAUGACCUGCAUGGUAUGUCUUGAACGAUUUCUGUCAAGUUGGAAACCAAGGACAUACACUUAGAGAAUGCAAAGUCUACAGAUGAUAUGAAGCCAGGCCUAACCAUCUGCCUGAUUCUCUUAGAUGGGCAUGGAAGCUGGGCUCUAUGUAUGUGCCAAAGAUUGCAGACCCUGGGUUUUCAUUUCAGUGCAUUACUCUUACUGCUUUCAGCAGGCCCUGAUGUGCUCAUACCUGAACACUGCUCCCAUAAAGCCAUGGCUUGCUUUGGAUUCCGGAGGCAUGGGGCUCAGCUGGACCUGGCUUCUAGGACCUGGCCGUGCACUGCUCUGUUUUCUCUUCUCUUUAUCCCCGUCUUCUCCAAAGGGAUGCAUGUGGCCCAGCCUGCAGUGGUGCUGGCCAGCAGCCGAGGUGUCGCCAGCUUCAUGUGUGAAUAUGGGUCUUCAGGCAAUGCCGCCGAAGUCCGAGUGACUGUGCUGAGGCAGACUGGCAGCCAGAUGACUGAAGUCUGUGCUGCGACAUACACAGUGGAGAAUGAGUUGGCCUUCCUAGAUGAUUCCACCUGCACUGGCAUCUCCAGCGGAAACAAAGUGAACCUCACCAUCCAAGGGUUGAGGGCCAUGGACACGGGACUCUACAUCUGCAAGGUGGAGCUCAUGUACCCACCACCCUACUAUGCAGGCAUGGGCAAUGGAACCCAGAUUUAUGUCAUCGAUCCUGAACCUUGCCCAGAUUCUGACUUCCUCCUCUGGAUCCUCGCAGCAGUCAGUUCAGGAUUGUUUUUUUAUAGCUUCCUUAUCACAGCUGUUUCUUUGAGCAAAAUGCUAAAGAAAAGAAGCCCUCUUACUACAGGGGUCUAUGUGAAAAUGCCCCCAACAGAGCCAGAAUGUGAAAAGCAAUUUCAGCCUUAUUUUAUUCCCAUCAAUUGACACACCGUUAUGAAGAAGGAAGAACAUUGUCCAAUUUCUAAGAGCUGAGGCAAUUCUACCUUUUUGCUAUCCAGCUAUGUUGCUUAUUUGUGUAUUUUGGGGGGGGAUUCAUCUCUCUUUAAUAUAAAGCUGGAUGCAAAAUCCAGAUGAAGUGUACUACAAUUUGAAGCAAAGGUGCAGGAAAACAGAGCCAGGAUGUUUCUGUCACAUCAGAUCCAAUUUUAGUAAAAGCAUCACUCGGGAGCAAUAUAGGGAUGCAGUCUUAUGUUGUAGGUGAAGGAUAUGGGUUAGGGGGUGGUGCUGUCCAAAGAAUACAAAGGAAGAGAGUUAGGGAGAGGAUGAUAUUGUACACACUUUGUAUUUAUACAUGAGAAGUUUAUAGCUGAAGUGAUGUUUUCAAGUUAAAGUUUUGUGCUGUUAUUUUUCUUAAAUGUGGAAUUACAUGAAGACUUUAGAAAUACUCACGUGGCUAUAUUUUAGCCAGUGAUUCCAAAGGUUGUAUUGUACCAAUAUGUAUUUUUUUUUAUUUGAUAGUAUUGUGCAUGGGGGCCACAUGUGCUUUUGUGUAUUUGCUGAUGGUUUUAAUAUAAACACUAUAUGGCAGUGUCUUCCCACCAUGGGUUCAGGGAAAGUUUUAUGGAGGGGCUCAGGACACUAAUACACCAGGUAGAAUACAAAGUCACUUGGUAACUGGCUUGGAAACUGGAUGAGGUCAUAACUGAUUCUUAUAGACACAUUGAGCUGAAUUGGUGUUGACAUGUGCUUUGGGCUUUUAUGUUAGCUCCUUUCAAAGGUUUGCAAGGGAGUCCAGACUGGUGUAUCUGAUGUAACUCAAUAGAACACCAACCUCAAGAAAAUGGCUCACUCCAGGGGUCUUGUAGGUAUGAACUUCAAGGAAGCUCUAGUUUCACAAGGGCCCCAAUUCCUAACACAUGGUUCAUGCCAUGGACAGAAAAAAGCAGCAGGUGGCAGAACGGGGUGAUGAAAGUUUCUAAAAACUAACACUGUUGGUGUUUUUUAACUCAUUAUUUUCCAUGAAAAUGCAACAACAUGUAUAAUAUUUUUAAUUAAAUAAAAAUCUGUGGUGGUCAUUUUCCAGA